AUGAAAAUCGGUGAUCAUAUAUUAGUUGAUGGAAAACAUCCAGCAACACUAUGCUAUUUUGGUUUAGUUGAUAAUCAUCCAGGUGAAUGGAUUGGCAUUGAAUGGUGGAAUCAACAAGGAAAACAUAAUGGAACGAAUAAUGGAAAAUUUUAUUAUAAAACAAAAAAUUCAUCAAAUGGAUUUUUUAUUCGACGACAAAGAAUACAAUUUGGAAAUUCUUUUACUCAAGCUAUUCAAAAGCAAUAUAUUAAAUCAUUUUCAAAUGAUUAUAUCAAUGAUGAUAUUAAUUAUUCACUUUUCGGUUUGUAUUUGAUAAUUUAG